GCCGCCAUUUUGUGUGGGAGAGAGAGGGGCAGCGGCAGGAGUUGGUGGUGCGGUUUGGGCUGUGCUUUGCGGGGGGGGGGUGUCGGAGAGUGACGGCGAAGGAGCAGCGAGGUCGGUUCCUGAAGGCCUGUGUGUGUGUCUCUGCUUGUGGGUGAACCAGACGGAUAGAAGUCGUCGCAACAAGGCGAAAGCUGGAAACGAAGCUGGGCGGCUCUUCCUGGAGCCUUUGGGGAGAGAUGGAGUGAAGGUGCUGGUGACUGAAGAGUGCCACCUCGAUUAGGGGGAGGUGAACAGAUUGGAGUGCCUUAAGAUUAAAAUUUUAAAGAUUCCAGGAGAGAAUGGGCUGCGGGCUAAGCAGGAGAUUAUUUGGGACUGCUCCCUUGAAGCUUCUGUGCCGAGAAUCCGAUGUUGGGCUCGGCUACCUGGCUGAAUACAGCAGAUCAGCCCAUGAAAACGUCUAUUCCUAGCCAAAGGAAGGAGUCCAGCAAAAGGCAGCACCUACUUUUUCAGGCUUGGAAGCAAGAAAGGGGGCAAGAGUUGGAGGGUGUGGAAUCUGAGAAGACAACUGAAAGGUGACAUUUAAGUUGAAGAUGGGUGGUGGAGAAAGAUUCAACAUUCCAGUUCCCCAAUCUAGAAAUAUCACCAAGAACCACCAACAACUUAAAAACAGGCAGAAGAAUAAAGACCAGAACUCGCAGAUGAAGACCUAUAUGAAGAAAGAAAGAGGACAUGGAUGCAACUCAUCAUCUGGUGCAUGGCAGGCCAUGCAAAAAGGGGGAAAGAACAAUGCUCAUUUCCCCAGUAAUCAAAAUUGGAGUCCUACUUUAUCAAAUCGCAACCUGUUUUUCGCACCUCAAACCAAUCAGAACUAUGCUGGAGCAAAAUUUAGUGAGCCACCCUCACCAAGUGUUCUUCCUAAGCCACCAAGCCACUGGGUACCUGUUUCUUUUAAACCUUCUGAUAAGGAAAUAAUGACAUUUCAGCUUAAAACAUUACUUAAAGUCCAGGCUUGAGAUGUAACUUUUCAUAUUUUUAAAGUUAUUUAAAUUUACAGGGUUUCAAAUUUGAGAAUUGUUAUUCCUCACCCCAGAUGCACAGGUGUACAGAACUAGAUGUUCUUGCUGCAUGUAGUUACGCACUUGGAAGAGAAGGGGCUGGAAGUUUACAUUCCCCUAAUGUUUUACCUCAAAAAAUUGUGUGCUGUGUUCACUGUGAAAUAGGUAUUUUCUCUCUAAUCAAAUCUUGAACAGUUGCCAGUAAGAGUAAAUGGGGCUGUCUCUCAAAAUUGGAAUUGUGACUACUUUCUGGUAUGGUGUUAGAAAACCAGCUUUUACCUAACUUAAUGCAGCAUUAACUGGAAAAAAAAAAUGCACUGAAAGCUUGAGUUGGGUACUUUGCUGCCUUUCAAAUGUGUAAAAUUUGCUAGUUAAACUGCAGAGCAGAUUUGCUUAGGAGCUGUUGGUGCAUGUUCUUGAAAGGCUGGAAGAACACACCAGGCAAAUCUGUGAUUGCCUCUCCUGCUCUAGGAAUGCUCCUUGGACUCUAACCAAGUCAGACUGUGCCAACUAAUGACACUGCAGUGCCAGAUAACUGCCAAAAAACUGGGGAAAAAAAUUUAAAAACCCCAACCCCUUUCUAUUCCAACUACACUGAUGAGUUCUAAAAUACACUUUUGUAUCAGUUUUUAAAAUUGUGAAAAAGGUUGGCGUAGUUACUUAGGUUGGUCUUAAAUUGGUUACCCUGUAAUAAUUGAAGUUCCAGUAGCUUGUGACUGGUAUUAAAAUGUUUUCAUAGGGAAGACAGAGCCAUGUAAAUAAGUGUAAAACUUUGUAGCAUAUGUAAAUUAUGCUGGGCUUUCCUGCACAGAAGUAUUUUUAGUACAAAACUGCUGAAUGUAAGAUGACCAUGUUGAAUACAUGGCCUGAAUUAAAAAGAUAUUUUUGUUUAAAAAAAGACAUUUGUGGCUGUGCCCUUGCACUUAACAUACAGUGAAUAUGCACGUUUUACUUGGUUGUGAGCUCAUUUUUAAAGUAAACUCAGUGCAAAAGAGGCCUAUUUAGAAUUUUUUAAGAAAACUAAAACUGCUGAAGUUUAAGAUACUCAUGUUCUGAAUGUAUGAGAGGUGUGUUAAAUGAUGAAAAAAACACUAAAGUGUUCAAAAUCAAAUUGGAUGUUUCUCAAGAAAUGUAAAUGGCUGAGUUUGGGUGUUUGAUGAAAUACUGUUUGCUGUUUCUAAAAUGAAUUGAUGCUGUCCUAAUAUUUGCUGAAAUACAUCAACAUCAAAACAGGGAUGGGGCAGUUGCCAGAGCAAGGAUUUCAGUGCUGUUGUUGCAGUUCAGUUGAUCCAGUAAUGGAAACAACUGAAUGUGGUAACAGAAUCCAGGGUUAUUUCAACCUACAGUAAUUACUGAAGAAGGGCUUUAACUGGAAAAGGAGUUUUGCAGAUUGUGAAGUGUUCUUUGAGAUCUUUCUGUACAUUCAAAAUGCAUUGGCAGCUGGUUCAAUGUUUACAAAUCUAUUGCUCUAAAUAAGAAGGAAGUGGCAGUCUUUAACCUUGGGACAAUGUGACCUGGACCUCCACCAGCAUACAAGCUGUAUCCCAUUAUGAUUGUGUAUACUCGGCUUCAAAUUGUCAAUUACUAAUGGUAUAUGUACAAAUUGGAAACAACAAAAAUUUAAAUAAAGUUUUCACCCCCUAAAA